AUGAUCUCACAGGGCAAGUUCUACGAGCUGUACGAGGUGGACGCUGAGGUGGGCCACAAGGAGCUCGACUGGAAGCUCACUGUCAGCGGCGUCGGCAAGUGCCGCCAGGUGGGAGUGCCUGAGAGUGGCAUAGAGGACGCAGUUCAGAAGCUAGUAGCCAGAGGCUACAAGGUGGGGCGCAUGGAGCAGCUGGAGAGCAGCGAGGAGGCCAAGGCAAAGAGAGGGCCAGGGGCGAUGGUGCAGCGGCAACUUAUGCAAAUUCUCUCCCCAGCCACCCUCACAGAGGGGUCACUCAGACCAGAGGCCGUGCACCUCCUGGCAAUUAAAGAGGUCACCACAGAACCUGCGUCCAGCAACAGCGCCGCCAGCAUUGACAACAUCAUCAGCAGCAGCAGCAGCCCUAACGGGACGCCUAACGGCACUCCGACCAGUGUUGCUUCUGGGUCUAUCCUCGUUGGCUUUGCGUUUGCUGACGUGGCAGGCGGGAAUGUCUACGUGGGUGCCAUGCGGGAUGACUCCUCCCGCUCCGCCCUCUCAGCGCUCCUCGUCCAGGUGGCCCCUCAAGAGCUGCUGUUUGAACUGGACGGUCUCUCCACCGACACGAGGAAGCUUCUGCGAAGGAGCUCAGGCCCAGGAAUCCUCCCGAUGCAGCUGACAGCCCUGGCGCCAGGUUCGGAGUUUCCCGAGCCUAAAGCAGCGGUGGCUCGGCUAAAAUCAUCUGGUUUCGGAACUGUGCAAGAGUCCCCACAGAGAGAGCCAUGCCACGAGAGGGGGGCGGAUUCUCUAGUGCGGUUGCUGGUGGGAGGGGGAGAGGAGGAGGCGGAGGUAGCAGCAGCAGCGCUUGUGGCGCUAGGCAGCCAUCUGGAGCGAUUGAAGGUGGGAAAUCCUCGCCUUUCUCUCCUUUUCUCUCCAAGUUUCCUCCUUUUCUCCCGUCCCCCCCUUCUCCUCCCUUCCUCUCCAACUCCCCCUCGUUCCCCGCUUUCCGACUCAAAACCCGUCCGCUCCCCCGACUCCCUCCAUUUCCCCCUCCCCCUCCGCCCCUCGACCACCAACCAACGUGUGCAUGUGUCAGUGGAUCCCUGCAGCGCCCCCCUCUCCCCCCCUGCGCAACUGCAGCACCCCCUCUCUCCCGCUGCAGCGCCUCCCUCUCUCUCCCGCUGCAGCGCCCCCCUCUCUCUCCCGCUGCAGCGCCCCUCUCUCUCCCGCUGCAGCGCCCCUCUCUCUCCCGCUGCAGCGCCCCUCUCUCUCCCGCUGCAGCGCCCCUCUCUCUCCCGCUGCAGCGCCCCCCUCUCUCUCCCACUGCAGCGCCCCUCUCUCUCCCGCUGCAGCGCCCCCCUCUCUCUCCCGCUGCAGCGCCCCUCUCUCUCCCGCUGCAGCGCCCCUCUCUCUCCCGCUGCAGCGCCCCUCUCUCUCCCGCUGCAGCGCCCCUCUCUCUCCCGCUGCAGCGCCCCCCUCUCUCUCCCGCUGCAGCGCCCCUCUCUCUCCCGCUGCAGCGCCCCUCUCUCUCCCGCUGCAGCGCCCCCCUCUCUCCCGCUGCAGCGCCCCCCUCUCUCCCGCUGCAGCGCCCCCCUCUCUCCCGCUGCUGCGCCCCCCUCUCCCCCUGCGCAACUUACCCCUUCGCUCUUCCUUUUCAUCCUGCAAACACCCCUUCGCCACUUCUCCCCACCGGUUCCCCUCCUCCCCCUUCCCGUCUCCCCAAUCCAUCUCUGUGUGCAACACCAUUGGAGUCCUACAGUGUCCCCCUCGCUUUUUGAGGCGCCUAAAAAACCAAUCAUUGAGGCGCCUCAAAAACCAAUCUUUGAGGAGGCGCCUCAAAAACCAAUCGAUCUCUGUGUGCAACACCAUUGGAGUCCUACAGCGUCCCCCUCGCUCGCUUGGAGCCCGUCAGUGCUCGCCUCACUCGCUCUGCGCCCCUUACUCCCUUUUCCCCUCUCUUCCCUCCUGCCACAUCCCCCUCCCCCACCAGUGGAGCCCGUCAGUGCUCGCCUCACUCGCCCUGCGCCCCUUACCCUCCUUCCCCUCUUUUCCCUCCUGCUACCCUCACCUCCCCCACCCAACCCGCCCCCACCAGUGGAGCCCGUCAGUGCUCGCCUCACUCGCCCUGCGCCCCUACUCCGUCUUCUCGGCUUCGCUGCGUCUGGACGUAUUCUCACUCACCCUCCUCUACCCCCCCUCAUCCCCUCCUCCCUUCCUCCCCUCCUCCCCUCCUCCCUUCCUCCCCUCCUCUCCUGCUCUCCUCCCCUCCUGCCCGCCUGCCCUCCCUCACUCGCCCUCUUCACCAUUCCCGAACGCACAGGCACUCUUCUGGGCUUUCUGGAUACGUGUGCCACGUCAGCAGGCAAGCGGCUUCUCCGCCGUUGGAUCUGCCACCCACUGCGCUCCAUCAGCGAGAUCGAGCGUCGACUGGACGCCGUCGAUGAGCUGGCAGGCUCGUCCCUCGCCACGUCAGCGCUCUCAUCUGCCACGUCAGCAGCUCAUGCGAGGGGAGAAAUCCGGGCAGCGAUGAGGCGGCUGCCGGAUCUGGAGCGCCUGAUUGGUCGAGUGAGAGCGAUGGGGGCGCAGGCUAAGGGAGGGGGAGGAGCAGGGGGUGUGGGAGAAGUUGGAGGUAGGGGAGAGGAAGGGAAUUGGAGAAGCGUCAGAGGAGGCCGAGAAGGCAGAGGAGGGGAGGAUGGGCGAGGAGGGGUGGGGGGAGGGGAGGUGGAGUGGGGGGGGUUAAGGUCUGCUUUAGAGGCGCUACCUGGACCAAUGGCAGAGCAGCUACUGAGGAAGCAGGUCGCCCUAUUCUGCUCUGCAGUGCGAGGGGUGCGUGCAGCCCUGCUCUUCCUCGAUUCCCUCCGCAACGGAUCUCUCACAGGGGAGCCUGUCACCUUCCGUUCUGCCAUCCUACGUGGCAUCAUGCGAUUGGCUCCUGCUGCUGCCUCUGCUGGCGGCGGAGAGGGUGGUUGGGAAGAGGAAGACGAGGCGGAGGAGGAGGAGGAGGAUGAGGGAGAAGGAGGAGGAGAAGGGGCAGGGGUGAGGAACCGCCAUGUGAGUAACGGUUACAGCAAACAUGGUUGGGGAGACGAGAGGGGCCGGUCUAACACGGUGCAUCCCUCUCAUGCGACGGCAAGGACGAACGUUACGGAGGAGAUGAGCGGGCGGCGUGCGUUGGCAGUAUUGGAUGAGAUAGAGCAGUUCAUCGUGUGGCCGACUGCCACCCAGGGGAAGAGGGCUGGGACUGGGAACAGCAGGAACCAGAGCAAAAACAGCAGUAGCGGCACCGGUAGCAGCCAUCUGAGUGAGGCAGUGGCAGCAGAGGCGCGCCUGCUUUCUGCUCUUGUGGCGCGGCUCUCCUCGCUCCUCCCCUUCUGCUCGCUCCUCUCCGACUCCCUCGCCCGCUUUGAUGUCCUCCUCGCCUUUGCUGAUGCCGCACAGACCGCCGCUGCUGCUGGUGGGGGUGCUGGUGGUGGUAGUGCGGGGCCCAUGUGUCGCCCCACAUUUGUGGCUGGAGGGGGAGGAGCGGAAGGCGUGGGAGGAGUGGGAGGAGUGGGAGGAGGGGGAAGGGUAGGGAAGGGAAGCGGGUCAGGGGGAGGCAGCACGUUUCAUGCGAGGGGGUUGUGGCACCCGUUUGCUGUGGGCGCCAGUGGUGGUGUGGUGGUUCCCAACGACGUGCUUCUAGGGGGCGUGCCAGGCAGCUCCGUAUCAGGAAUAACAGCAGCAGCAGCAGCAGAAGGGGUGCAUGCGCGCACGAUGCUGCUGACAGGGCCCAACAUGGGCGGCAAGUCCACUCUGCUACGCGCUACCUGUGUCGCUGUCAUCAUGGCUCAGUGCGCAUCGCUUGCUAAUUCGGCUGGCGUGGGAGGAGGGCCUUUCUACAUGCCGCUGUUCCACUCGGUUCUCAAAUUCAAUCUUGUCAAAUCCACCGCCCUUUCCCCUACCGUCGUGACAUCAAGUGCAAUUGCUAGCACUCUCUAUGGACUAUGGGAGUCGAGACCUGAAGUUCCGUCCAUGCCACUGGUUGACUUGAGACUUGCACUGGCAUUGCUCCCGUCUCUCCUAUUUGGAGUUGGAAUUGGAGUUCUAAUCAGCCCGACUCUUCCUCACUGGAUUCAGCUACUCGGGUUACUGAUUUUGCUCAUUUUCGUUGUACAUAAGACGUAUGCACGAGCACGAAGGUCAUGGAAGAAAGAGUCAGAAAGAAGGAGGGUUGCACAUACUGCUGCUGCCGAAGGACUCCUGCCUGUCUCAUUCGUCAACCCAGACGAAUCGGGCCAGCAGCAAGUUACGUUUGACGUUCCCGAAACAUGUGAGGGAGUGGAUUUCCUGUCAGUGGCUGGAUGUGAGAUUUCGCAGUUCUUCAACCGCCACUGGAAGUGGAUGCAGCAUUAUCUGAAUGAAUCAGGAAAUCAGCUUCUCUCGCACAUCCACCACGUGGCAAUGCCAUUUCUCUACACCCUCGUUCUUUGGUCUCUUUUCAUGGCUCUUCAGUGGGGUCUUAGUCAAGCUAGCCGCUGUUCCUCGUCCUUUUUCCAGCUGUGGGGGUUGCAGCUGUUUGUCUGCAUCGCUGCUGCAGUUAGCACCAUUCAAGAUCUCUGUGAUCAUUGCAUGGCUGGGAUGGUGGGCAUCGGAGGAGCACUUAUUUUCAACCCAUAUCUCCUUAGUCUCGGCCUUCACCCACAGCGGUCGUGGGGCAAGUGGGUGUGCGAGAUCCGCGAGCCGCGCACGCGCGCGCGCGUGUGGCUAGGAUCGUACAGCACCGCGGAGGAGGCCGCGCGCGUCUACGACACCGCCGCGCUCAUGCUGCACGGCGCGAGCGGCGCGGAGCGCAGACUCAACUUCCCGGACGCUCUUCAAGCGGACGGGGGGAUCCGCCCCGUUAUAGUGUCGCGCACUAUAGCGGAAGGUCUGCUCCGCGUCGUCAAUGCUCUGACUCUUUCGCAGCAGUCGCAGCAGUCGCCAUCCCAACAAGAAGAUUCGAGUAAUCCAUCUUGCGCUUGUGACAUGAUUGUCGAUGCCUCCACCUCUGCUGCGACGGGCAGUGCCCGCCGCUCCACUGGUGCUACCGCAUCUGUCCCCACGGUUCACGCUAGCCCCACCUUUACCGGCGAGUGGGUGCGCCUCGAGGUUACCGGCUCCAACGUCGUCUUCUCCGAUUGCGCGAGCCCGGGUAUCACCACCACCGCGAUUCCCGCCGCCGGUCGCGGCGGCGUCUUUCCAGACGCGUCGUCCGUCAAAUCCCCGACGGCGAACGGCCAGAUCUCGCCGAAACGCGGCGUCGCCGCUCGGAAUGCCGUCACCGCCGCCGAUUCAAACGCCGCCGCUUGCGCGUCUGGCGUUACGUCAGCAGCCGCGUCGCAAGUUGCGCCCGAGAUGGAUUUCGUCAGCAGCCGCGUCGCGGCGCCUGCAGAUUCCUUCUCCGCUGCCCUGUCGCUCUUCUCCGACGCGCCUCCCACCUUUUCCGCCGGUCCCCCCAUAAUCGUCCCCUCCCGCCGUUCCUCCGCCCUGUCUCUCCCCGGAAGCCCUAUGAGCGGUAUGGGGUACAGCCCCGCGCGCGUCCGCUCCCCCUCCCGCUCGCCGCUGCACUCCCCGCGGUUCCCCCCAGGCCCGUCGUUUGGCGGCUCCCGGGCGUUCCCCGCAACCACCGCCCCUUCCUCCCCACGUGCGAUUAGCGCCUCAGCUUUUUCCGUAAUGUCCGCGUUCGCGGAUUCCGCCGCUCCCGUCGCUUCCGCCGCUUACGCCGGCGGGGCGGAGCUUUCGCGCGCGCUGCUCGCGCACCCCACCUUCGCGCACCUCUGCGCGCCUUCCGCACAGCUCACCACCGAUACCCUCACUGCUGAUCAUAUCCCAGCUUCCACUGCAGAUCAAAUGGCCACUGCUAAUCCCGCCAUAGACUUUCCUCCCCUUACUACCGCAGCUGCUCCCAACUCUGCUCCACCCGCCGCUACUCUUGCUGCUCCCCCCAGUGCUCCCAGCAGCAGUUGUGCAGUUCAAAAUCUAGACAGCAAUUUCACGAGCUACACCUCUUUCGCUCCGUUUCUCACUGAUCUGGGACAGGAGGACAGCGAUAUUGUCAACAGCAGAUCUAGUAACGCGGAUAGCAGCAGCAUGGACACGUCAUCCCCUACUGCUAAAGCGGGGCCCUUACAGCAGCCCCCAAGCGUCUCCCCCCAGGCUCCCCUAAACCUGCCCAGUUUCUCCUCUCAGCCGCUCCUGAACCUGCCAAGCUUUUCCAAGACGGCACCGGACCAAACGGGUUCCUUGCCUCGACUGCCGAGCCUGCCAGGGGAGUUCCCGUCGCUGCCGAGCCUGCCGGCAGAGUUCCCAUCGCUGCCGAGUUUAGACUGGAAGGAGAUUGAGGAGUGCCUGGGGAAUCCAGAGGGUUCAGUGCUCACUAGCUGA